CAUUAUUUGUGCUUUUCCUAUUCUUCUCGUUGCUAUGACCUAGAAUAUUUUAUUGAAUUCAUACAAUUGAUUAUUCGUUUUUUCUUGUCCUGUGAAAAUCUAAUUCCCUGCUCUACAGUAAAAAUGGCGGUUAGCUUUUACUCUAAACCGCCGAUAAACCUUCACAAUUCGACACCAGUUUUCAAUAAGCGAAUCUUCAGGGCACAAGCAGGUAUUGUACUUACAGACGAAAUUCUAGCGAUUCUCAACCGACCUUUACGAGAAGGGCGCAGUGAAACUGAACUGCAUAAGCUAAGAUCUGUUGUAAAUGGCUUAAAAGAUAUCCACAAGGGUCUACAAUUUAUCAAGGAUGCUUUGUGCCAUGUUGUUGGUUACGAAAAAGUCGGCCCGAACGUUCAAGUCAAGAAACAAUCUAGUGAAACGGAUUUGUCGUGUUACUACAUACUGAAUGGUUCUAUAGAAGCGACGUACAUGAUCAGCCAUGGCGACUCAAAUGGACGUAAGAAAAAGAUAAGUGGUUUUUAUUCUUUACAAGGAACAGGAAUUGACUGUGAAAGAAGGGAUGGAUAUGAAAUCAAGUAUACACAUAUAGCAGGCGACUAUCUUGGGUUAGUAUCUGGAGAUGGUCCCGAAUACGAUUUACCGCCACCGGACUCGAUAAGAACAACUGAGGUAUGUGAAUUUUUACGAAUAGACCGAAGCAAGUUUCACCAAGCAGUGCGAACAAUCCACAGUCUUCAUGUACAAGAAAUUGAACACUUCAUAAACAGUGGUAGCAUUUUAAGAGAUCUACCUCUUGAACAGAGACAACGUCUUGUAUCACUUAUGGCAAGACAGGAAUACGCGGCAGGCAAAGUCAUUGUUAACCAAGGAGAUUUCCCAGACCAUAUAUUUUUUAUUGGAAAAGGAAGAUGUCAGUUCUUCCGUCGUGUUUACAUAAAAGAAGCGAAAAGACAGGAGCUCGUGAGACUUGGACACAUAGAAGAAGGAGAUGUUUUUGGAGAAAGUAGUGUACUUGAUGGCUCACCUUGCUUCUGUAGCGUUUCGUCAAUAGGUCAAGUCAGGUGUUACCUCAUCRACAAGUGGGCAAUCAAACACGACGAACAGCUGUUAAAUCUACUAAGGAAACAUCAGCAUCAUUUUUACGAGGAUUCGAUGAUUCAACAUUACAUCCGAGACAGUGACGUCUGGCAAAGCUAUAAGAGAAACAAGAUCAACGAGCUACUUCAAACAACAAACAAACGGCACAUAAUAAUAGAUAAAAAACAUAUACCUGAACCACUUGCUGUAGCAGUGGACUUUGGAGAUGCCAGUAGAAGUCAUUCCUCACAAUCAUCACGAGAAAGAGAACCAGGAGAACCAAAGAACAAGCAGCCCCUCUUUAUCGUUCCCAGAUCACGACGAAAAUCAUCAGCCAUCUUACAAAGUAACGCAGCCGCUGUGGUUAAAGCUGUUUUACUUCUACGACGAAAUACUGAAGAAAAUAACAAAGAACCUUUAAAACUUCCCACGGUGAAACCACAGCCAGAACAACAAAGUCUAAUCAAACCAAACAGUGCGCCAAGCAGAUAUAGAUACGUCAGUGCUGCCAAGAAUGAUGAACGAUUAAGAAAUAACAGUCCCUUUCCAGCCGAAUCUCACACUUCAGUAAAAUGUGGUAAGAAUAUUCAGUGUAGUGGAACUUCACCUUUAGACCUUGACAACCAACCCAAGGAAAAACAACAAAUUGCUGGGGAGAAUAUAAAAAGGCCCAAGAGUGUAAAUGACAUGUAUUCCAGUGAGCAGAGCUCGAAAUGUCGUUCAAAGAGCAGAGGAGAAAUGGCGGGCUCUGGUUCAUUGAAUGAACAAAAACCUCCUGUGUCACAAAAAGUAACUUUUAACAAAGGAAAAAUGAAAAGUGGUUUAAAAAAGGGAAAACCCUUAAAUAUUGCAGAAGAAAACACUACUGCCAAUAAGAAAUCAAAGGAUGAACAGAAACAUGUAAUCCAAGAUGAGGAGAAAGCCAGAACAAGUGGUUCGGGGAUGGAGAAAUUCGUAUCAACAAGUGGUAAUUUUAUUGUCAAGGAGAUCAUUAACACAGGUAACCCAAAGCGCCUUUCGUCACCACAAGAAUAUCAACGUUUUGGUUUGAGUAUGUUUGCUAUCCUAGACAAUCAAAAAGACAUUAAAAAUAAAUUCGGUCCUAAUCCGUGGGGUGUCUCCUAUGCAGCCAGUAAAUGGAUGUCAAGAAUUCGUAAAAAACGUUUGGGCAUGCUCAAUGAGAGCGAUCAAGGCUCCUCUCCAGUACCGACUCCACUUAUUGUCAUCGAAGAAUACGCUCCAAAAAACAGGCAGCUGAGCGAUGAUGAAGGCAUCUCAAGUGAUAGUGAGCGUAGCUCUGAAGAGCUUGAGUUUCACUCAGAAAAAGAUUCAACCUACACCCAAAAGAUGCAAAGAAGGUCAAGGAGUACUCCAUCGCCUUCUCUCGAGAAGCUAAAAGAAGAAGACGAAGAAGAAAUCGAGGAAUAUGAAAAGCACGAGGCAGGGAAGGCAGUGAAAGAAAGCUGGUAUACUUCUAUUCACCAAGCAAGAGAUCAGUCACGAUCUUAUUUAGAGCAAAUAAGAAAAGAGCUGGACGUAUUACAACAUAACCGCAAAGAAAGAAGACGUAGGCGUGGAAAACUUCAAAAAGAAGGAUCAGUGACGACAAGCGAGGAUCAGCUACUUUAUAAUGAUGUCAAGAGUGAAGAAAUCAAUGACGAAUGUAAAGAUAACGAGCCUGACGCUACGGUUGACAGUUCCGAGUCUUCAGCUAAUCAAAGGCAUCGUCAGCGAAAAUAUUCCACUAGAAAAAGAUCUAGAACUCAUUCCACGUCAACUGCUCCGGAUAACCAAUCAUUCGAUCAAGGCUCUUCAAAAAGUAAUGGUUCAGUACGCAUCGGCAGGAAGUUCUCUAAUUUGCAGAUGCGUAAUAUGAUAGGCAACCAAGGGAGUACAGGGAAGUUAAGUCGGCAGGAAAUCCCUUUGGCUGAAGAAAUGAGAACGAUUUCAAAACAUGAGAGAAGGAGACUGUUGCUACUAGGAAAAAUAGGCUUAUAGAAAGAGAACCCGCAAAAGUACUUAGUUUAGGGAGUGAACUUGUUGCCGUGAGGUAUGCUGUGAAGUGUACAUGUAUAUCCCUUGGCGGUAAUGAGUAGAGGUGAAUCAGUUCUAAUAACACUAUUAUAACAUGUUACUGGGAAUCUUUAAACCAAAUGACUAUGAAUACAACUUAUGGCGAAUAGUUUUAACUAAAUUAAGCUUUCUGGCUACUUUUGGAAAAAAAUUAACCUGCAUUAUUUUUUAGUCAAAAAAUUGAUUCUACAUAAAAGUGGAUAGUUGAAUGGCGAAAAUGUUUUUUUAUUUGAAUGUUGCGUCUUAUACUUCCAUUACGUUACUGACUGUGACGUCACCCCAGGCUUCUGAGUGUAUUUGUGCGUUUUAAUUUUUUAUACUAAACACUAGACAUUAUGACACAUCAAAUUUACAAUAAACAUUGUGGAAACCUUGAGUAUAAUGAUAAUGCUAAAAUAAUGUCAAAAUAUGUAUAUUCAAUAAUUUUAUUGUUGUGUUGUUGUUGUUGGUAAAUAUACUGAUCGAAGACUGUGCAGACAAAAAUAGGACAUUUUUACAAUAACUGACAAAUUUAUCGCGCGCCGAUUGCUUAUUUUUUGUCAUCAAUAAGAGGACAGACAGAUAAAGCUGACGUCAACGAGCGCGCUCUCUUGAUCACUAAAAAUGAGAAGUAUUUAUCAUUUUUGUUAUUGUAAAAAACAGCUAGACAUCAGUUUUUUAUGUGUCUGUCCUCUUAUUGACGAUAAAUUGCGUCAUCACAUUUUGUAGAUGCAAGUUUAUAUAACUUAAAGUAUAGAGUUUAAGUUUCUGUGAAACCCAGGUACUCUGUCUGAGUCGGCUUGGCGAGCACUAGCAGUAGCCACGGUUUGGACCUCUGAUGGAAAAUUUGGAAGAUUUGAAAAUUCAUUGUAAAUCGUUAUAGAGUAUAAUAUAUGACGGUAUAGAAUUUCAUUAAAUUAUCAUUAUUAUCAUUA